UUUGUUGUAACUUGGAAGUUUGUAUGGUGGUGUGUGUGCUGGAUUGGGGAGUGUGUGUGUGCCUUCAAAGUAGUGCCUUCAAAGUAUUAGAUACUUAAUAUUUAUAUAUCAUGUGUGUGUGUUGAUUUGGAAGGACAAGUGGCUAUAACACUACUUGCAUUCAGUUAGACUUUGAUAGUUUGAUUAGCUCUAAUAAGGUUAAGGACCAGAGAGAGAAAGAGAAAUAAGAAGAAAAACACAAGAUGGGUUAUUGGAAGUCUAAGGUUCUUCCCAAGAUCAAGAAGGUUUUCGAGAAGAAUAGCACCAAGAAAGCUGCUGCUGCUGAGGCCACCAAGUCCUUUGAUGAGUCAAAGGAGGAAUACAACAAAGCCUUUGAAGAAAAGAAGACUGAACUUCAAACCAAAGUUGUUGAAAUAUAUGAGGCUUCAUCAACUGAAAUCAAGAGUUUGGUUAAAGAACCCAAGGAAGCUGGUUUGAAGAAGAACUCCACAGAAGUCCAGAAGUUCCUAGAAGAGCUGGUUAAAAUUGAUUUCCCUGGAUCAAAGGCGGCAUCUGAAGCAUCUUCAAAGUUUGGACCAGCCUUGGCUUCAGGUUCAGUUUUCUUUGUGUUUGAGAAGGUGUCCACUUUCAUUGUUACAGAAGAAAAAGAAGUUGAAGCCCCUCCUGCAGUAGAAACUAAAACAGAAGAAGAAACAAGUAGUGUUGUCAAAGAGAGGGAGACAGUGGUUGAAGAAGAAAAAAAGGAAGAGGAAAAACCACAAGCAGACGAGACAAGUGAUGAGAAAAAAGUGGAAGAAAAACAAGCUGAGACUGCUGCUAAAGAGGAAGAGAAACCUGCUGAACCAGCAGAACCACCAAAGCCUUGAAAAUUUCGUUCUGAACAGAAGCUAUAUAUAUGUAGCUGCUUCAUGAAGAUGCAGAAGAUCAUAUACGUGCAUUCUUAGUUUGCAUAUAGUCCAAAAUUGUCACAUACCAUUCCCUUAUUCUUUUAUUCCUGUGUAAAAUUGGUUUUGUGCUGCUUAGUUUGAUAUUGUUGCAGAUUUGGUGAUUGAUAUGCAUGUCAAUUAAUGUUUUUAUGAUGAAUCGUUUUGUAAUAUUAUUCAUUUUUCAGUCAAGGAAUUGUGACGUUUAGUUUGGUUCAUCGAA